CUAAAGGUGGCGGCUCCUCUCUCUCUCCAUCUCUAUCUCUCUCUCAGUUUCUUUCAAUGGGAAGGAAUUGCAAUUCCUCAUCUUCUUCCACAGACAGCAGUGCAUCUUCUAUCUCUACACUGAAGAGCAAUUUCAGCACUGAUUUGAAGCUAGGACUUACCUUAACAACCUCUCAACCUGAGAAUUCUCCAAAUUCAAGGGACCAAUGCUCAGAUUGGCUGCCGGGCAAGCCAUUGAGGAGGAUGAUCACGGAAAAUGUAAAUCAUCGGCACCAAACGACAUUCUUCGUAAAGGUUUACAUGGAAGGAGUUCAGAUCGGCAGGAAAUUGGAUCUGUUUGCUCAUGAUAGCUACGAUAGUCUAGUGAGAGCUCUUCGACAUAUGUUUGGGACAAAUAUUCAAAGUCCUGAUUUUGCUGGAAUGUCUGGUAAGAACAACCAUGUAUUGACAUAUGAAGACAAGGAAGGUGAUUGGAUGUUGGUGGGGGAUGUUCCUUGGGACAUGUUUUUGACUACUGUUAGGAGAUUGAAGAUCAUUAAGAUGGACACAUGCUAAUCUCUCUCUCUCUCUCUCUCUCUAUCUCUCUCGAAUUUUGUUUUCUUGGGUGUAUUGGAAAACAGUUGUAUAGACAUACAAAUGGAAGUUAGAGUGCAGCUUUUGUAUGCAAUACGGUUUCAUAUGAUGUUGUUUUUGGGAUGCUUUGUUAAAAAGAGAAACCCCAUGAAAGUGAUAGAAAGUGACAUACAGUGGAUGAUUUUCAUUGGA